CAGCAUCACGAUGGAAAACAUACUGGAACCGAGCAGCUCCGACGACAAUAUGCCGACGGACAGCAAGAAAGAUCUCCAAUCCUUACUUUCGUCGGAAGACGACUUUUUCGACCCACCGCCAUCAACAAGCCGACGUGACUCGUCCGGCAAUGAAGAUAAACCCGAUCUGCGGACAGAAUUCGAAGACAUCAUACUGCCAGAGAUGGGACACGACAACAGCGUACUGUUGUCGGUAAAGGAACCGAAAGAUCGGGAACGUGAAAAGCGCAAAGAAACGAAAAGCAAGCGAGAGCUUGAGGAAGAAGAACUGGAAAAGAUGCAGGUGCUCGUUUCAAACUUUACCGAAGGACAGCUGGAUCGGUACGAGAUGUAUCGACGUGCUGCAUUUCCCAAAGCGGCCGUAAAGCGUCUCAUGCAGACCAUUACGGGCUGUUCAGUUUCGCAAAACGUUGUGAUUGCUAUGUCCGGUAUAGCGAAAGUAUUCGUGGGGGAAGUAGUUGAAGAGGCACUGGACGUGAUGGAACGGGCUGGAGAAACUGGUGCCAUACAACCGAAGUAUUUACGAGAGGCAGUACGUCGAUUAAGGAACAAAGGACACAUCCCAACCGGACGGGGACAUAAGCAAUUUUUCAAACUUAAUUAAUCAUGUAUAAGUGUGUAGAAUAUAGUUUGGGUCCAUUUUUGCAUAAAAA